AUGGAACAUAGUAACCACACCAGAGUGACUGAGUUCAUCAUGAAGGGGCUCUUUGACCAUCUUCACCACCAGGGGCUGUUCUUUGGCCUGUUCCUGUGCAUUUAUAUAGCUGUCGUCAUGGGCAAUUCCCUGAUCAUUGUGUCUAUUGUCAUCCACCCACCUCUCCACACUCCCAUGUACUUCUUCAUUGCCAAUUUAGCCCUGGCUGAUAUUUUGUGCACUUCCUCGGUUGUACCUAAAGUGCUGGAAAACCUGAUGCAGGAGAAGAAAAUCAUCUCCUUUGGAGGCUGCAUCACCCAGCUCUUUGUCUUUACAUCAUCACUGACGACAGAUGUUCUGCUGCUCACUGUCAUGUCAUAUGACCGGUAUGUAGCCAUUUGCCACACUUUGCAUUAUGUAAAACUCAUGAACAAGGAAAUUUGUAUUUGUUUAGCAGUUGGUGUCUGGGCUGUUGGUACCAUCAAUUCACUUGUCAACAUGUUGCUUCUGCUUGACCUGCAUUUUUGUGGGCCCAACCUAAUCCAGCAUUUCUUCUGUGAGUUCCCAGCAAUACUGGUGCUGUCCUGCAGCUCCACCUAUGUCAACAAAAUUAUGAUAUUCAUGGCCAUGGGGAACUUCCUUCUGACUAUCGUGUCCUAUAGCUUCAUUGUCAUCACCAUCCUGAAAAUUCAGAGCUCCAAAGGGAAGCAGAGAGCCUUCUCCACCUGCUCCUCCCACCUGCUUGUGGUCACCUUGUACUACUCCACCAUAAUCUACACCUACAACCAGACGACCUCCAGUUACUCAUCAGAUAAAAACAAGAUGGUGGCCAUAAUGUACUCCCUAGUCACUCCCACCCUGAACCCUGUGAUCUACAGUCUGCACAACAAGGAGGUCAAAGUGGCCAUGAAGAGAAUCUUUUCAUUCACCACAAAAAUUUCUGAUGCAAUACCUCACCAAAAAUUUGUAUCUAUUUGUAUCCAUUUAGCAGUUAAUGUCUGGGCUGUGGGCACCAUCAAUUCAUUUGCAAACAUAUUCCUUGUGCUACACCUGGAUUUUUGCAGGCCCAACCUAAUCCAGUAUUUCUUCUGUGACUUUCCAACAAUACUGGCGCUGUCAUGCAGCUCAACCUACGUCAAUGAAAUCAUGAUGUUCAUGGCUGACAUCUUCCUGGCCAUGGGGAACUUCCUUCUGACUACCAUGUCCUAUUGCUUCAUUAUCAUCAGCAUCCUGAAAAUCCAGAGCUCCAAAGGGAAGCAGAGAGCCUUCUCCACCUGCUCCUCCCACCUGCUUGUGGUCACCUUGUACUACUCCACCAUAAUCUACACCUACAUCCAGACGAACUCCAGUAACUCAUUGGAUAAAAACAAGAAGGUGGCCAUAAUGUACACCCUAGUCACUCCCACCCUGAACCCUGUCAUCUACAGUCUGCACAACAAGGAGGUCAAAGUGGCCAUUAAGAGAAUCCUUCCAUUCACCACAAAAAGUAAUUUUUCCAAGUGUGAACCUGAUUAUCACCUGCCCUGUUUCUUUUAA